ACCUGGGUGAAGGGACAGUCCCACAUCCAGCCCGUCACAGACCUAGCCGGCAGAAUAUGAGCGUCUUCCUGCGAAAGCGAUGCCUCUGCCUAGGCUUCCUGCUCUUCCAUCUCAUAAGUCAAGUCUCUGCAACUCUGCGCUGCCCACCUCGGUGCCCGCCCCAGUGCCCCAGUAUAUCACCGACCUGCGCUCCCGGGGUGCCCUCAGUGCUGGACGGCUGCUCCUGCUGUCCGGUGUGCGCCCGCCAGCGCGGGGAGAGUUGCUCUGACAUGAGACCAUGCGACCAGCGCAUCGGUCUCUACUGUGAACGCGGCGCAGACCCCAAAAACCAGACUGGCAUUUGCAUGGCUCCAGACGGAGACAACUGUGUGUUCGAUGGCGUCAUUUACCGCAGUGGAGAGACAUUUGAGCCAAGUUGUCAAUACCACUGCACCUGCAGAGACGGGCAGGUCGGCUGUGUGCCCCGCUGCCAGCUGGACGUGCUACUGCCGGGUCCUGACUGCCCAGCUCCAAGAAAAGUCGCAGUGCCAGGGGAGUGUUGCGAAAAGUGGACCUGUGGCUCAGAAGAGGAGAGGACACUGGGAGGCCUGGCCCUUCCAGCCUACAGACCGGAAGUCACCGUAGGAGUCGAAGUCUCUGACUCCAGUGUCAACUGCAUUGAGCAGACGACGGAGUGGAGUGCGUGUUCCAAGAGCUGUGGGAUGGGCUUGUCCACCCGGGUCACCAACAGGAACCACCAGUGUGAGAUGGUAAAGCAGACUCGUCUCUGCAUAGUCCGGCCUUGUGAACAAGAGCCUGAGGAAGCAACAGACAAGAAAGGUAAAAAGUGUCUCCGCACCAAGAAGUCACUGAAAGCCAUCCACCUACAGUUCAAGAAUUGCACUAGCCUGAGCACCUAUAAGCCCCGGUUCUGUGGGGUCUGCAGUGAUGGCCGCUGCUGUACCCCCUACAACACCAAAACCAUCCAGGUGGAGUUUCAGUGUUCCGCAGGGCAAACCAUCACGAAACCGUUCAUGGUCAUUGGAACCUGUACCUGCCACUCCAACUGCCCUCAGAACAAUGAGGCCUUCCUCCAAGAGCUGGAGCUGAAGACGAGCAGAGGAGAAAUGUAACAGGUGCCCAGGGAAGCACAUUGAUUGAGGGAAACUGUUGCUACUGCAUGACCCGCCAUCACCUGUAUAUAAGAAACAUAAUGAAGGAGUUGUCCCAUGUAUGUUUCUGUGAUCAUAUGAGGUCAUUUAUAUUUGUCUCUUUUUUUUUUUUAAUGAAAGAUGUUCCAAAUGUAAAUUUUAGAAUCAAGGUAAGCUCAGGAUAUGGCUUAGGGGGUAUCUCGCUUUCCUGUGCUGUUUAUUACAAGUGCAAAUUUGUGUAAAUUUAAGUCAUAUAGAUAUCUAGUUGGUAGAAUGUAUCACAUCACACUCAUUUUCUGUGCACUAGUUAAAUCCCAAUAAAUGUUACAGAAAUGAUUGGCAUAGUGAAAUCUAAGAUCAUGUUGAACAAAUAUAUAUAUAUAUAUAUAUAUAUAUAUAUAUAUAUAUAUAUAUAUAUAUCACCAUAUAACAAAGUUGACUUGAGGGAUCUCUACUGAGCUCCUUGUUGGGGGUAGGUCAACCUUGUGCUUCCAAGUGUAAGAUCAAAGGAAACAUACAGCUCUUGAACAUGAAGUUCGGAGACUGAUUGUCUACUUAGUACACUAGGAAAUGUGCUAUAGCUACAGCAAUGGAAUGAUGUCUCUUAAUUAAGUGGGCUGGUGUCAUGGACUUUCUGCAUUAUAGACAAACUGACUCCUUUCCAAUAGAAAGAAGCUGAACCAAAAACCCCCAAAGCAGAGAUGACAGGGCCUCUCAGGGCGUGGUUUGUAUCCCGGAGGCUGCUGAGGCCCACUUUUAAGCAGGGAUUCUUUCAUAAACAGUACACUGAAGACCAGGCCACCUAAUUCACAAUCUCUGAUGACUUUUAAAUGUGCUUUUAGGGCAAUUUUGAAAAGGAAGAGCAGAAACUACAAAAUUUUAUGAAACUUUAGAGUUACUGAAGACCUGUUCAAAAUACAUCCUUUGGUCAUAGUUAUGAAAACACAAGAUAUACAUGUGUACCUGUGUAUACUUAAUAAACAAAAAUCACAAAAUGUACUAGAAAAUACAAUUUGUACAUCACACAAGUUCCACUCUUCCUUUUAAAGUAUUUAUGAAAAUAUAAAUUAUACAUUUUGUAAAAUAUUCUCUUUAAUUUCCCUAGUUGUUACAAACAACUUUAAAAAAAAAAAAUACAAUGUUAUCAGUUCGUGACUCUGGUACUAGAUGUGUGUUACCAGUUUAAUGUUGUUUACUGAAAAUAAAAAUCCAUGAAUUAA